AUGAAGGCAGCAUUUGAUGCGGGUAUUCCCAUCGCUGUUGCAGCUGGUAAUGAGAAAGAAGAUACUGUUAACGUGGUUCCAUGCAAAUACACAGAAUCAAGCGUCUGUGUGGCAUCCUCCGACAUUGACUACAAGUUCUCUACAAGUUUUUCCAAUUUCGGUAGGGAGGUCAAGAUGAUUGCUCCUGGAAGUGAGAUUUCAUCUGCCUCCAUCAAAAGCAACAAGGCUUAUACUUGGAAGUAUGGUACAAGCAUGGCCGCCCCUUGCGUCGCUGGUGCCAUGGCCAUCUACGUAUCUUUUGAGAUAAUUGAUAGCGAUGUGAACAAGGUUUACGAUCGCCUCGUUAAGAACCAGCUCGUUGGAAUCAUUUCAGACGUCCCGUCGGACCCCCCAACCGCCAACAACUUUGUCAACAGUGGCAUCAACUCUGUCCUCAAGCACCAACACGAGCCUUACUAUAGCGCGCUCUCAAUUGAUCAUCCACCUGGCGAAGCCUCUACCAAUUCAGAUGAAAGCCGACAAGGUCCCAAGGACUGGGAAGAGGACCCUGAUGCUGGCCCCGGGAUCAAAGCUGUUGGCGUUGAGAACAGUGAGCCUGAUGCUGUCGUGGUUGUCACAGAGGUGUAUACCGCUCCUGUUGAGACAGUUGGCCCUGAUCCCGCCUCCGCGGAUGACGUUGGCUAUGAGGGAGACGAUAUCAGUAUCAAUGAGUCGCCUCCGCCUGAAACACUCGAGUGCGCUCCCACCGACACCAACGGCCCAGUCAUGGCCUACAAAUCCCUCAAAUCAUUUGCGAAUGAAUGGUGUGACUCUUUAAACCGGGGAAUCGUCAAUCAAAACAACCUGCGCCAAGAGCAAGUCAAAUCAUUUGGCAGUUCCACCACUGGAUCAAAGCUCACUGAUCUUGUUUUCAGCGCUGAAUGGAUCGAGGAUGUUGUGGGAGACUGUCCUAAUAGAACUAGAGGCACGGAGCCAAAGCAUUGUAAGAAGGCCAUGCUCGAGAUACUGGACAAGUGUGGCAGUAAAGACGGGAUGGAAGACGGGGCACCGAGGUAUGGUGGCAGACAGCAGGGGGACGAGCAGUGUGUGAUUUACAAGAUUGAGAUUGUCGAUAAGGGAGUUCAAACGAGAAAGAGAGGCCAGAGCAGGGCUUAG